AUGUCAGAGGGAUCUUUUAUUGUAUUCUCACAAAGUGUGGGUUAUGGAAUCAUUAUUGGUGUUGGUGCAGCUUUUGCUUUAAUCAUGGGUACUAUAUCAUGGUUAUUGGCUAAAUACAUGAAUGAAGUUCAAGAUUCUGAAAUGUUAUCGACAGCAAAAAGGUCUAUUAAAACGGGACUCAUUGCAAGCGCAGUAGUCUCAAGUUGGACGAUAGGUUCAACACUUUUGCUUUCAUGUACUACUACAUAUUCAUUAGGAAUCUCUGGUGCGUGGUGGUAUGGUGCAGGUGCAUGUGUCCAAAUUAUUAUUUUUGCUGUUGCCGCGAUUGAAUUGAAAAGGAAAGCUCCAAAUGCACAUACAUUCCAAGAAAUUGUUCGUGUGAGAUAUGGGAAACCAGCACAUUUGACAAUGUGUGCAUAUUCCUUUAUCCAACAGUUAUUUUACAAUGCAAACUUGCUGGUAAAUGGCUCUUCAAUCUUCUCCAACAUAACGGGAAUGAACAGAGAAGCGUCUAUCGUUCUACUUCCUCUUUUUGUGGUUAUUUAUACUUUACUAGGAGGUAUUAAGGCGACUUUCCUCACCGAUUGGACCCAUGUCGUUAUCAUAUAUGUCAUCAUGAUAACAUUUCUGUUCAGAACAUAUGCAACGUCCGAUCUGAUCGGAUCACCACAGAAAAUGUGGGAUCUUUUAGUGGAGGCCGGAAAUAAGUAUCCUGUGGAAGGCAAUAAAGCUGGUUCUUUGAUAACUUUCACAUCUUACAAUGGGGGUCUGUUUGGCCUUAUAUUAUUUGGCACAGGUUGGGCAGCAGCAGUCGAUUCACAGUUGUUUCAAAAGGCAAUUGCAGCGAAUCCUGCUGGCGCAUUGACUGGUUAUACUCUUGGCGGUUUGUGCUGGUUCACUUUACCUUAUGCUUUGGCCACCACUAUGGGUUUGGCUUGCAGGGCACUUGAAAUAACUCCAUCAUUUCCAACUUAUCCUGAAAGGCUCAACGCAGAUCAAUUGGCUAAUGGGUUGGUCCUGCCUAUUAGUGCAUAUGCUUUGAUGGGUAAAGGAGGUUUAGGAGCUAUUCUAUUAAUGGUUUUCAUGGCCUGUACGGCGGCAUUUUCAUCUGAAACUGUUGCAGUAUCGUCUUUAUGGACUUAUGAUAUUUACAAAGCUUAUAUUAAUCCCAGUGCCGAUGGAAAAAGAUUAGUAUUAAUGGCACACGCCGGAGUUCUUGGAUUCAGUGUUAUAACAAUCGGCUUAGGGAUUGGUCUAGGUAGAGCAAAUUUUGAUGUGUCUUUUAUCACCACAUGCCUCGGUAUUAUUGUCAAUGUGUGUAUUGUUCCCAUGGGAUGUACAUUGUUUUGGAGAAAGAUGUCUGGCUUUGCAUUUGUUGCUUCUACAACACUAUCUACCGGUAUUUCAGUUGCUGUCUGGCUUGGUUACGCGUAUUCUGCGUCGAAGACCCUGACUAUAGCAAGCUUAUCUACCUAUAAAGCACUGGCUGCGGGUAAUACUGUUGCUAUUGGCGUACCUAUCUUACUUGUGCCUCUAUUUGUAUUUAUAAAAUCCGACAACUUCGAUUGGGAAAUCUGGAAGACUGACAUUUUGCAAGCAGAUGAUUCCCAGUUCGACAAGGAACAUGGUCUGACGGCUGUUUUAAGUGGUGAGGAGAAUACGGAGCUUGUCCUGGAACAAGAGAAAGCAGAGGAGUUAAGAGUUCUUCGCAGAAGGAACAUUGGAUUUGUGCUAGUAACCGUGUUUGUAUUGUUUUUCCUGGUUUUAUUCCCCUUACCAUUGUAUGGUACGCACUACGUUUUCUCGAAGAAGUUCUUCACUGGUUAUAUUGUUGUGACCUUUAUCUGGGUUUUCUUCUCUGUCGGAGUUGUGACAAUCUAUCCGAUUGUGGAAAGCAGGGACGGAAUUCGCGACUUUUUCUCGAAAGUUUUUGGCAGAAAGUCGAUGCACGUUACUGAUAAUUCUACUGUUCAUGCAAUCAUUGACGAUUUUACAACUUCAGAUAAUUUGGACGUUGGUCUGGGUAAGAACUCAGCGAACGUAGCGAUUGUAACUGAUUAG